AUGGCAAACAUUUCGAAAGAGAAGACAGAUCAUAAAAUGAUGCAAAAAUAUACGUGUGUUCCAAUUUGCGAUUACGAGGUAUUGAUAGUUACUAAUGGUACUGUUUCACAAGUAGAAGGGAAAUUGACCAAACUAAAUGAACAAAAUAAUGAUGAAAUACCUUUGAAUUCCAGCAUAACGUACUUAAAGACAUUCAAAGAGUUGGUUGAAUAUCUUAGUUUUUACAAGGACGGCAACAAUGAUGAAGUCAAGUAUACUGGGAAGAUAGUCUUCAUGUUUUUUAACGGAUUAGAAUUUGUUCAAGAUAUCUUGUGUGAUGCCAUAGACCACUCACAUAAGUGCACCGCAACCAGAGACAUACCAUUUGACUAUCAUAUGCGUUCAAUGAUUGACAAAGCGCAUGAUUAUAAUGACAAGAGCCAGUCUGUGGAGGUGAUGCAAAAUACAUACUUUUACUAUGAUUCAACCGUUAUGUCCGACGAUGCAGACUUUAACAUGGUAGUGUCAAUUGUGAAGGAUAUAUUGAAAAAGACCGAUUUUAUGGUAGGUAGAAUUCGAGGUGUUUACAUUGAUGAUGAACACCUAGAGGGAGAAAAAGCGUUCGCUGUUAGCAACUUGUUGAGAAACUAUCCUAACAUCGAAACUUUGCAGUUAACUAGCAGGAAAACUAUAAUGAUGAAAGAUUUGAUUGUUUAG